GGCGUUACGUGCGGUUUGUUAAGCUGGUUUUGUAGGGGCCGUGAAGUCGCGUCCCUCGGGAGAUCUCGGUAGUGUGUGUAUUUCACCCUGCCCCAGAACCGUGUUGAGAAUAGUUUCAUCAACAGGUCGGUGCGUUCUGACGUCAUCGAGGACAGUUUUUCUUGCUCUAGAACUAGGAAAUCUUAAAAUGAAUUUUUCCCUUUUAACUCUUGCUGUUGGUUAAACUUUUUCAAAUUUGCACAAUCUUUUGAACAAUUUGCGUUGUAGGAGCUCAUACUUUUGAGGAUGAUACCUAGUGUACCUUAGAGACUUAUUCCCCACUGUGUGCAAACAAAGAUAAGGUAACAAAUAUUGCAUAUAGGGGGUUUUGUAGUAAAGUUUUUGUAACUAAAAAUAUCUUUAAACUUUAUUUCCAGCUCUGUAGUUGUUUUUACUUGGUUUGUAAUUGUAUGUUUUUGAUAGUUUGGUUUACUAAAUGUAUUACACUGUUAAAACUUUUACUUGUGAUUAACUUGUAGUUUUUAAGAUGGCUAUAAAAAAUUAACUUCUCUGAUUUUUCUGUCGUGAUGUAUAUUUAUUAAUCUUUGGGUUAACAAGAGUGAUGAAGAUGUAAGCUUUGGGCAGGUUUAGGCUUGGUAAAUUACAGUUUAUAGCUUUAUCCAGUUUUUUCCUUGCAUGCUAACCUCAGUGGUCUGGUUCACAGAUUCCUGCUUAUUUUCAUUCUCUGCUCAUUUGGGUGGUCCACGGUUGUGGAAGGUGUGUGUGAAGGCUGGUCACGUACAGAAACGGUGAUAACGCAGGGCUGUACGGUUCUUUUCCCUAGUGCUUCCGUAGCUUAGAAAGCCUCAGUGGGAAGUGCAUCUGUGCGUAAGGUCUUUUGCAAAGUCUGUAGGUUGCUUAAUUUAACUGUUGAAUGGGCUCCGAGAGGUGUAAUUAAAGAAACCAGAGCUCACCCAGCUUGUCAGACUGCCUAGAGAACUGGUCUAACGCAGUGGUUUUCACCAGUGUUAUCUGUGGGUUACUGGGGAUCCCUGGAUCAGGAUGUAUAUAUAGGUUCAGACAUGAGCCGUCAGACUGCUACAGCACUACCUACAGGUACUUCCAAGUGUACGCCGUCGCAGAGGGUGCCUGCGCUGACGGGCACUACAGCUUCCAAUAAUGACUUGGCCAGUCUCUUUGAGUGUCCUGUCUGUUUUGACUAUGUGCUGCCACCAAUUCUUCAGUGUCAGAGUGGCCAUCUUGUUUGUAGCAACUGUCGCCCCAAACUUACGUGCUGUCCAACUUGCCGAGGCCCGCUGGGCUCCAUCCGUAACCUGGCUAUGGAGAAAGUUGCCAAUUCUGUACUAUUCCCAUGUAAAUAUGCCUCUUCCGGAUGCGAGAUAACUCUGCCACACACCGAAAAAGCAGACCACGAGGAGCUGUGUGAGUUUAGGCCUUACUCCUGUCCCUGUCCCGGUGCGUCAUGUAAAUGGCAAGGUUCUCUGGAUGCCGUCAUGCCACAUCUGAUGCAUCAACAUAAGUCAAUUACAACACUUCAGGGAGAAGAUAUAGUGUUCCUUGCUACAGACAUUAAUCUUCCUGGUGCUGUUGACUGGGUCAUGAUGCAGUCUUGUUUUGGCUUUCAUUUCAUGUUAGUAUUGGAGAAACAGGAAAAAUAUGAUGGUCACCAGCAGUUCUUUGCAAUUGUACAGCUGAUAGGAACACGCAAGCAAGCAGAAAACUUUGCUUAUCGACUGGAGUUAAAUGGUCAUAGGCGGCGAUUGACUUGGGAAGCAACUCCUCGAUCCAUUCAUGAGGGAAUUGCAACAGCCAUUAUGAAUAGUGACUGUCUAGUCUUUGACACCAGCAUUGCACAGCUCUUUGCAGAAAAUGGCAAUUUAGGCAUCAACGUAACUAUAUCCAUGUGUUGAAAUGGCAAUCAAACCUCUUCAGGCCAGUGUUUAAAACCGUUGCAUUUAAUUUAGCAGAAACUAGGGUAACCAUCUUUGACUGUCAGACAAAUUAUUUGGUAGACAGAGGGUAGACAUAUAUGAAGGUAAAUAAAAGGAAAGGCCGUUAAAUUACAGGAAGCAGUUGCAUGUAGUAACACUAAUAUAUUUAAAUAAGUCAACAGUAAACCACUGAAAAUAUAUAUACACCCAAAAUGGGCAUCUUUUGUAUUAAGAAUUGAUUCUACAGGAAAUGUUGUAAAAUAAUUCUAAAAACUUGUUUGUAGAUUGAUUGUACUGUUGAAAAGGAUACUGUUUCGUGUUUUCGUUUGUGUUUUUUUCCUCCCCCUUUGACUGACAAGCCAUGUUGAGCGGCCCGGUCUCUGGCCGCUGCUUCCCCUCCUGCCCCCCCCUUUGUAAGUCACUACAUAGUAUUGCUGCUGUUUGUGUAUAUUUUUUGUGUAUUUGCUAAUUUUUAUUAACUUCUAGUUUUUCAUUAAAUAAAUAUGACUUUCUUUUCUGUAAUUCAGGUUUUUCUCUUUUUUGUAUCUUUUUAAAAUUAAUUACAGGUGUCAUCUUUUGAUAUGCAUAAUUGCUAUGGUAAAACUUAUAUUUCUGUAUGUUUGGUAAAUUUUGUCUCUUUCCAGUAGUCAAUUCAUUGGUGAUGCUGUUCUUAAUUGAGCUAUUUUGUGAAUGUACUGAACUCAAAAGGAGUAAUUAUGUUCAAAGAUGUAUCAGGAAAGAAAGCUCCUUUAAAAACAGGUCUAGAUGUUGUUGUACUUUGAGUUACCUUCUAACAAAAAUGAACAAUUAUUAAGAAUUUUCCGAAUUAAAAAAAAACCUCACGUUUCAAAUUUAGAGAUGCUUAGAAACUUGAUUGCAUCCUUGUAUUUGUUGGUUUUGCAGUACAAAGAAGGUAUUGUCUUACACAGUAUUUGUAAUUAUAAAAACAGACCAUUUGUUUAAAAAAAAAAAAAAAGGCAGUCAGAAUGAGAUGUUUUCAGUCUUUUUAUAUUUGUCAUUAAAAGAAUACCUGGCAAAUUGAAAAAAACCCAACUUUUGCUUUUUGCUUUAGCUCAAAGUUUGACACAUUGAUAUUCUUGCUGUUUCUUGCCUUCACGUCUUUUGGUUGUUCCUAAAGUCACUGUCUGGAACUGAUGUUUGUAUCUCAUUUUAGUGACGUGGUUCACAUCGCGGUGCAGCCGGUCUCUUGCAGGUGGGACUCAGCAGCCAUAGAGGCUUCCGAGGGCUGUGGGGCUGGCGGCAGACCCUGCCCCGCUGGGGAGAACUUAACUGUGAACGUCCAUGGUAUUUGUGUUACAAAACAUGGAGACACAAAAAAAGAGUAAGGUGAAAAGCUGUUUCCUCUCAAGCUAUUUGAAAGAAAGCUUUGUCAAACCCAGUCGCAGUGGGCGUCUGCUUGGGGAGGUAGCCUGGCUAUUAACUACUUUUGUAACACAUUAAAAUACAGUUUAUUUACUGUGCACUGUCUUAACUUUCUUACUGGAAGUUGAUCUAUUAAGACAACUCCUGUUCAUGUUUUUUUGAUGCGUGAUGAGGUAAGUAGUUCUACAGGUAAGGAACAUAAAUUCCAUCAGGUUGGAUUAACAAAAUGCUACAGAAACGUUUGGCUUCAUGUAGUGAAAGUAAAAAGUUUCACUUCUUAAAAGUUGCUAUUUAGGCUGUUCAAACUGUGCACAGAUUUCAUUUAAAAGAUGUACCGUGGUACCUUGUGACAGCAGGUAAAUGCUUCAAAAACUCCUGCAGUCUAGCAUUUUUUCCUUAUGAAUAUACAACUAAUUGCAGUAUUUUAAAUUCAAUAAUUAUUCUCGCCUGAUGAAGCUUGUCUGCAUUCACCUCAGGUUUGUCUUCUGCUCUAUUGACAGAAACUUGGCUAAUACCUGAAAUAUUUUUAGAGGAACCCACUGACUCACCGUCUCCCUGGCGAGUGGCUUGGACUGACGUUGGCCUGCCCAGGUUAUCCGAUUGUCGGCUCCAGGUGUGUUCCAGCAAUAGAUUGCAGAGAGUUGGUAAAACCCCUCUGCAGGCUGAUACUUGCCAUUAGAGAGCAGCAGGGGCUGCGUAAGCACGAGUUGCGUAAGAGACUUCUCUGCUGCUGCUUGUACUUGUGUCCCCAAGAGAACCUUAAAACCUCGUUGGGCUGAUCUGCAGCCAUUUUAUUUAGGCUAGAACCAGCUGAAGCUCAAGACUAUACUUUGAAGGGGACUUUAAAAAUUGCAUUUGCAGUGAGCUGUGGAAGCCAGCUGCUGUGGGCGGACAGUUUUUUUACGUUUUACAGAUGACAAAUGCUAUAGCAUAACUACCGUAUGCUCACUUGCUGUAAUGUCAACUAGUAUUACUCCAUUUGGUGUUUAAAACAGUAUCUGUAUAAAAAAUUUGACAUCCAUCAUCAGAUGGAAUGAGCAAACAAAUUAUGCUUAGGCCGAGAUCCUCAAAAGUAUUAGAAGCCUAAUUCAGUGGAUCUCCUCUAAAGCGUUUGAGGAUCUGGUAAGUCAGCUGCAAUCUGUUAUAUCUAGAAAAGAAAACAUACUAGAAAUCUGUACAGUUUACUACUUUAGCUAAAAUAAACGGUGUAUUAAAGCCUGGCAUUGUCUUAACACUAGCUGUUUAUUUUAGAAAGUACUAUUUUACUCUCCUGUACUGGGAAAGAGUAUUCAAAAGGGUCUUUAGUAGAUGAAAUGCAGUAGAGCUUACAUUUGGCCACUAGCAUUACCUCCACUGUUUUUCACUGCCCUUAAAAAAAAAAAAAAAAAAGCAAAAACAAACAAAGCUUUAAAAGGAAAAUGUUUUGACAAAUGUCAUGUUAAUAUUUGGGUUCUGUUUUGA